CAAUCCUCUCCCCCGUCCUCGCGACAUGGAAGCCCACGAAGUGCUCGACGUGUCCCCCAACAGGUCACGCUCCCCGACAAAGAGCACAUGUUCUUCCGCAACCAUUCGGACUCUCUUAUCUCCAUGUCGACUACACAGUGGGACGACCCCACCCAAGACCCGUCCAUCCCUACCACCGGAGCCGAAGAGCGAGGCUACGUGCCCCAACUCAUCAAAUCACUCUGCUGCAUUGACCGUGGAAACGACAGUAAGGGCUUCAAGUACAUCAAGUGCUUCGUCCCUGGCGCCACCGUUUACCCACCCGAGGCAUUCGAAGCAUGCGCCUGGCGCAUCGUGCACGAAGCGAAGAAGAUCCACAUCCCCAGUUUCUUAUCGAUCGUAAUCUCAGACAGGGGUAUUAUUAAAGCAAUAGAAGAGACGAAGAACCCCUACUUGGAUGAGCACACCUACCUCCUCUGUCGUAUGAUCGAAGUAGCCGUCAACCGGUGCAAGGAUGAGAAAUUCACCACCACUAUUGCGGCACCUUUGAAGCCUUAUGCGAGCUCGCUGACAAUCUUCGUAUUCAACAAGACAAAGGCCGAUCACAUCAAAUUGGGCAAGGCUGCUGCACCCAAGAACUAUGCCCUUGAGGAGACUGGAGUAGGAUCUCCAGCCCAGUUUGAGGAUGAAGACAUAGCAGCGCGAUAUCUUCUGGUGCUCUGCAGUAGUAUCAAUCUGGAUGCGGUUAACAGGCGAGAUGUAAGAAAAACCAAUCAAUGA